CCUGUUGUGCUUUGGAUCUCAGCUGUCCCUGGGGCUUCCUCCCCCACAGGGGAGGCUGUGGGAAGGUGCAUGGAUCACGGAGUAAUCAGUGAUUCAUAAUGUGAUGGGCUUGUUGACAGGUGUGGGGAGGGGCAUGCCUUUGGGGAGGACGCCUCAGCCCCAGCCUCUUCCCCUUGGACUCUGUCACUGCCUCCCAGCUGCCGUGGGGUGAGCAGCUCUCCUCGGCUGUGCUCUCUGCCAUAGGCCCAGAAACGCUGACGCCAGUGACCGUGGAAUGACACCGCCGCCACCGUGAGCCUAAACAAACCUUUCCUCCUGGAGCCCGCCCGUCAUGUGCAGGUGAGGCCCAGGAGCUCGGUGCUGAACAUGCUCAGGAGGCUGGACAGGAUCAGGUUCAGAGGUCCCAAGAGAGAGGACUGCCUGGACCUCGCGGAGUCACCCAAUGCCUCGGACACUGAGUGUGCUGACGAGCUGCCCCUGAAGAUACCUCGGACCUCGCCCCGUGACGGCGAGGAGCUCAGGGACCCUGCAGGUCCAGGGACCCUCAUCAUGGCCACAGGUACGCCAGACUUCAACCGCACGGAGUCCGAUCGCCUGAACGAGAUCAAGGGUCACCUGGAAAUCGCUUUACUGGAGAAGCACUUCCUGCAGGAGGAGCUCCGGAAGCUCCGGGAGGAAACAAACUCGGAGAUGCUGAGGCAGGAGCUGGACCGGGAACGGCAGCGGCGGAUGGAGCUGGAACAGAAGAUGCAGGAGGUGCUGAAGGCCAGAGCCGAGGAGCAGACUGCACAGGUCCAGCAGCCGCCAAAGGGGCAGAGCCAGGCCGGCAAUGGAGCAGACCGCCGCAGCCAGGGACUGUCCUCCCGCGCACAGAAGUGGUUCUAUGAGAGGUUCGGGGAGUACCUGGAGGAUUUCCGCUUUCAGCCCGAGGAGAACACCGUGGAGACCGAGGAGCCCCUUAGUGCCCGCAGGUUAACAGAGAACAUGAGGCGGCUGAAGCGCGGGGCCAAGCCUGUCACUAACUUCGUGAGGGACCUUUCCGCCUUAUCCGACUGGUACUCUGUCUACACCUCUGCCAUUGCCUUCACAGUGUACAUGAAUGCUGUGUGGCACGGCUGGGCCAUCCCCAUGUUUCUGUUUCUGGCGAUUCUGAGACUGUCCCUCAAUUACCUCAUUGCCAGGGGCUGGCGAAUACAGUGGAGCAUUGUGCCAGAAGUGUCUGAGGCCGUGGAACCUCCAAAGGAGGACCUGACCGUGUCCGAGAAGUUCCAGCUGGUGCUGGACGUCGCCCAGAAAGCCCAGAAUCUAUUUGGCAAGAUGGCAGACAUCCUGGAAAAGAUCAAGAACCUGUUCAUGUGGGUGCAGCCCGAGAUCACGCAGAAGCUGUACAUCGCGCUGUGGGCCGCCUUCCUGGCCUCCUGCUUCUUCCCCUACCGCCUGGUGGGGCUCACCGUGGGGCUCUAUGCUGGCAUCAAGUUUUUCCUCAUCGAUUUCGUCUUCAAACGCUGCCCCCGGCUGCGAGCCAAGUAUGACACUCCCUACAUCAUCUGGCGGAGCCUCCCCACCGACCCUCAGCUCAAGGAGCGCGCGGGUGCCGCUGUGUCGCGCAGACUGCAGACGGCCGCAUCUCGGAGCUACGUCUCCAGUGCACCAGCCGGCUUGAGCAAGGAUGAGGACGCUGGUCGCCUCCACAGCACCAAGAAGGGCAACUUCCACGAAAUCUUCAACUUGACUGAAAACGAGCGUCCACUGGCAGUGUGUGAGAAUGGCUGGCGCUGCUGCCUGAUAAACCGAGACCGGAAGAUGCCCACGGACUACAUCAGGAACGGGGUUCUCUACGUGACAGAGAAUUACUUAUGCUUCGAAAGCUCCAAAUCUGGGUCUUCAAAGAGGAACAAAGUCAUCAAGCUGGUGGACAUCACAGACAUCCAGAAAUACAAGGUCCUGUCUGUCCUCCCGGGCUCAGGCAUGGGAAUUGCUGUGUCGACGCCGUCAACACAGAAACCGCUGGUGUUUGGCGCCAUGGUGCACAGGGACGAGGCCUUCGAGACCAUUUUCAGCCAGUAUGUGAAGAUCACGUCUGCAGCAGCCUCGGGUGGGGACAGCUAGUACUGAGCCCUGGACACCACUGGAAUCUUUUUAACAGUCAGUAUGGGACAGAGUGGACAGCCUCAUGACCUUUUGCAAUAAUUCCCCGACCUGUGGUUUCUGUUGCGUGGCUGCAUUCACACCCAGGGGCUGAGGCUCACGUGGAGGUACCGCUGCCCACUGGUGGGCACAUGUGGCACCUUAGUGGACACAGCUGGGCAGAGGGGCUUCAGGGCUCAUUGGGAAGAUGACAUGCAGGACGCCACUGACCAGGCCUGCUAAGCACAGCUCCUCAUUCUGCAUCCCACCUGGGUAGAGACUGGCACCGGCCACCCUAGGAGGCUCUCGUGACCCCUUGACCCCUGCUUUGCAGAGGCCAGAAGCUGCCCCACCAAAGCCAUAGCAGAGUGCAUCCAUGGUCUCCUCCGGCUGGGGUCAGGAAGGAGUGGAGUUUGGUCCCCCUGCACCAGCUGCCCAGAAAAGGCCAGUGGGUUUCCCUCACCUUUAGCGCUUGUCUUUGGAGCCCCAGGGCAUCGGCCUGGGGACAGGGUUGUCAUCGUGGGAGCAGUGAGAUUGGGUGUAUUUGGGGGCACCUCCCUCUCACCUGCUGUGGCAGAUAAGCUUGGAGGCCUGUGGUUGAACAGGAAGGGUACAGAAUGGCAUGUGGGUAAAAGCGCAUCUCAACAUUGAUCCUCUGAGAGCCGCUGGAAGAUACCAGGAAGGCUGUGGGGUGCUCUGAGCUAUGGCUGCUCUCAGGUGAAUACCAAUAGUCUGGCUGGCACUGGCCCUGGGGCUGCAACCACACAUGUAGGCGUGGGCCAGAGACCCAGGCUGCAGAUGCCCUGCCUGUGGGGCCAUCGAGAGCUCCUGGGAGAGGACCCUGUGCUGUAGGGAGUGGCUGUGAGCAGAUGCUGGUGUGGGGCUAGGCCAUCCUGCAUCCCUGACAUCUGACAGUGUUACCCCUGCGGCAGAGCCAGGCUGGACGCAAACCCCCAGGGCUGUGCACACUGGCUCAGAUGAACUCUGGCUCUUGCAGAAGGCCGGAGGGUGUGUCUCCCAGGCUUGCUUUACCCUGGGAUGUCACCUACACAUGGAUUUGAAAUGAAAAGAAGCUGACAUCAAGUCCUGGGACCGGCUUGGCCUCUGAAGGCCGCAGCCACACUCAGUCUGUACGCUCGUUAAGCAGUCUCUCCAGUUCUUCAGCUUGGCCUGGGUCUUUCAGGUGUCUCUGAGAUUGUUUUUUGAAGAAACAGAUUAUAUUUUUUACAGAGAGCAAGCUGUUUUUCUUAUUUUUGUAUCAUUUUUCAAAUGUAAUUUUUACCUUUGCUCUGAACCCUUGUUGGCUGGCUUGGGAGAAGAUGCGGUGUGUGGGCUGGUGACCCUGGUCACACCUGGCACGGAGACGGCACAACCGGCCAGAUCAGGCACAGUGGCCACACCAGGCUGCGCCGACGGUACCACCACACCUCUUGUUGAAUUCAGAGCUCCCUGGCGUGGCUUACCCGGCAGCAGACCCAGUUCUCAAGUGCACGGGUUUGGGCAGGGCCCACGAAGACCCCAAGAGGAGGUAGGAGGGGCCCUGACCUGUCCUGGGGGCGGAUGUGUGGGUGAUGCCCAAGGGUGAUGGUCAGACCUGUUCCCUGGCCCCGGCAGUGCCAGGGCGGGUGUUAGGAACGCGAUCAGUGAGCACUUCCUGUGCACACUGGGAUGCUGUCCACAAGCACCAUGGGGAGGGCCUGGGCGGGCGGGGCUUCUUCAAAGGCUGUGGCUCAGUUUGAGUCCCUUUCUCGGAGAAGGGCGGUGAAGACGGGCCACAGCCUGCUGGCGCAGCCCCUGGUGUGAGGGAGGCCAGCACCAGUCCACGUUGCACAGCCAGAAGGGGCAGGUCCUUCAGGGGGUUCCGGGGGCCCGGCUGGGCCGGGCCAGGCAGGGCUGGGCCGGGCUAGGGGUCUACACAGGCCCUGGGUCAUCAGAGACCAUGGUUCUGCAUAAAUCUGGGCGAUAUUUAAUUUCUAUGACUAAUCACUGAACUAAAACGAAUGUUGAAAUUUUGUAUGUCCGAAGCUUGAGUCUAUUUUGGAUCUGUACGUAAUCGUUACUGGUGUAACUUUUGUUCAUCGAAAGGAUUGUACUGUAUGAAGAACCCAUGAAAAAACCUGUCACAUUUUUUAAGAAAAUCUUGUUUAAAGCAAAAGUCUUGUAUAAAUUAUAAUUUUUACUUAAUUAAAUCUAAAAUGCUUUGUGCUAAGGCUCAGCCCCUUGCUUUCUUGGCAGGGUGUGGGGCCCCACGGGACCCCACGUCCCAUUGCCCCUGGAGGGUCCCUGCAGCCACUGUGAGCCUUGAUGUGUGAACUGAGUGCGGUGUGAGGAGACGGAGGCCAGCCAGUGCCAUGGGGCUGGGACCGGAUCGCAGCCCCACCAGUCGUAGUGUCCUGGCUCUGGCGAGUCACUGGCAGAGGGUUCCUGGUGACACUGGCAGUUGGGUUGAUUAGACACACUGGACAGAGGGAUGCAGGAAUCUACCUGGCUUCUAAAUCCACUGUGAUCAAGCAUGGGCCGGUGUAGCUCACGCCGAUAGUACCUGCUGUCUACAUUCCAAUCUCCAUGAACCCCAGGAAGGGCGCCGGAGCCAGGUGGAAACCUCAGGGGUGUAGCCAGGUAUGGCUGGGCGUUUGUACACUGUCAGUCUGUCUUCCAGUCUUCUGUGCAUCCAUCCACCCACCUACCCACCCAUCCUCACACCUGUCCAUCCAUGUAUCCAUCUACCUGUCCACGCAUCCGUCCACCCUGCCAGGCAGAGCAGGCACUGUCCUGCUGGCCGGGAUACAGCAGAGAAAGGACAAAGGUGGCUGGGAACCUGGCAAACUUAACACUCAGCCCCUGGCGAGACCACAGUGCUGCUGUGCCCGUGCUGCCUCCUCACCCUGCUCUCCUCUGCCCCUUGGGCUCGCCUUCUCCGUGCUCACUCAUAGCCCGAUGGUCUGCACAACUGCUGGGCAACACAGCCGGACCCAGGCCCAGUCCUGCUUGGCCUCACACUGGGUUCCAAGAGCAAAAUGGGGCGGAGCAGAAAGGCACAACAAGGUAGCCUAGUGCUCAUACCUGACCCUGAAGGGUUGUGCUGGCUGAAAAGCAGCCAUGCCAGGAAAGUGACAUGCUACACUGGGUGGCUGCCUGCAGGCAAACAGCAAAACCUACAGCAUACCACCUGCCCUUGGAGAAUUCAACCUCACAGAAAGGCAGCCACGGCAGCCUCGGAUUUUAAAAUGGUGGCCACCUGCGAGGGGCCGACGGGAGUUCAGGAAACAGGUGGUAGCAAAUACAUCAUUUUCUAAUCUUGAAACCAGCAAGAUUUAAAGGACCCGAGCCGCACUCUCCCCAGCAUUUCCAG